AUGGCAAGUAUUCGUGAAGAGACUGUCAAUAGCGCUGUUAACUUCCUUAAAGAUCCCAAAGUUCAAAAAUCCACUCUUCAAGCGAGAGUUUCUUUUUUGGAAUCUAAAGGUUUAACCUCUGAAGAAAUUGAAGAGGCACUUCGUCGUGCUAAAGGUGGUGCUCCGUCUAAUGCAACCACGGUAGCACCUUCUCAGCCUAUACAGGGAGCAACUCCUGGGCAAAAUUAUCUUCUCCCAUUAUUAAAAACACCGACGGCUAACGAGCUUGAAAAUGAUAAGCAAGCUCUCAGUGAUCAGUUCACAUUUACUUCAGAGCGACUAGAUUUGGUAAAAACUGACACGAAUAUCGUCAGAAGAAGCAUUGAAGAAACCUCCUUAGGUGUCAAAGAAGCGUUAGAGUCAUUGGAUACUGUUUUGAAAGAUCUGAAGCAACAGGAAAUCAAAAGGGACACCGAUAUCAAGUCAUUGCAGGAAGAAAUCAAAACUAUUCAUGAACUUAUUCCCAAGAUUCUUGAAAAAUCAAAAGACUCUCAAAAUCAAGCGCUCGCUGAAUUACAAAACGAAUUGAAAUCACUGAAAUCACUAAUUAUAAAUAGAAGAACUGCUCAGACCACUUCAUCUAUCGGUGAAAUUGCCGCAACCGGUUCAAGUUUCUCGCCUUCCAAUACUUCUUUUCCCUUAACGUCAUCUUUUCCCGAUGAGCAAAGAGUUGAUCAAACCUCUUUCGACAGUUUGGGCGAAACAAAUGGCGCUAAAUCGGUUGUUGAAGCUCCGUCAGACAUAACUUCAUAA